UUGGUGUUGCCAAACACACCCUAAAUCCCAUAAAAUUCAGUGACUUUAAAAUUCAUUUCUUUCCCAAAAUCAAAUGAAAUAAUUAACUUUAUAUGAAUAAAAAUCACAUGUGGUCUUCCUUCCCUCUCUUUUUCUCAAAUUGAUAAGUGCAGAGCAACAAAGGAGAAAGGUUGAGUGAAUAAAAAAAAACGGGAAAGGGAAGUGAUUAACCGUUGAUAGAACAAUAAUCGCGUUUUGAAAAUGGAUUAUUCAAAUGUGAGGGAUUUCAUAGCAAAGGAAGUUCCCGACUGGAACAACGAAGUAAUUACCGUUGCUAGAUUCAAAGCUUUUUCCGGUCAAAGAUCCGAUUGGCAACCAAAUUUCAUCUUCUGGAGAGAUUUGAUCAUCAAAAUCGCCACCCAUUUUCGUUUCCUCAUCGUCCAACCUUCUCAGGUCAAAAAUGAUUGGUUUAAUCGAGGAGGGUUAACCCCUUUGUGUAUCGAUGAUGUACUGUCUCUAAUGUAUAAUGAAGGUGACAUCACAAGACCUGGGGAUCUUGUUGAUCCAAGGAGUGGAAGAUUUUCCCAAUUAGUCAGAAAAGUGACCAACUUAAUAACCAGACCAGCUACACCAGAUAUCAUGGCUGAAGAAUCUGUCAUCCUAACUCCUCUGCUUAAGGAUAAGGCUGCUGAAGUUGUCAAACAUCUUUCAGAAAGUCAUUGGAAUUCAUCUUGUAUCAUCACGAUGAAGAAAUUUCAGGAGGUAUGUGGAGGGCCAGAUGAAGCUUCUGUAAUGUUGAGGUAUUUGUCAGGAUGUAGGACAGCACAGUAUCUGUCAGUCCUUAAAAAUGAGUUUGUAGAGGGGGUAAAAAUUUCGCUCUCAGCAGCAGCAUUAUCCAGUGUGUCUAAUUUAGAUUGUGAUGUACUGUACUUGAUUUGGACAGUUGAGAAGCUUCAGCAACAAUUAGAUGUGAUUGACAGGCGCUGUGAAUUGUCAAGAAAAUCAGCAGUGGCUUCUCUACAUUCCGGGAACAAAAAAUUAGCCCUGAGGUAUGCAAGGGAGCUGAAGUUGGUCACCCAGAGUAGGGAAAAAUGUUCAUCACUUUUGAACAGAGUAGAGGAAGUAUAUGGUGUUAUUGUUGACGCCGAGUCAACGAAAACGGUUUCUGAAGCUAUGCAGAUUGGAGCACGUGCUAUUAAAGAAAAUAAGAUAAGCGUGGAAGAUGUUGAUAUUUGUUUAAGAGAUCUGCAAGAGAGCAUUGAUUCACAAAAGGAAGUUGAAAAGGCACUAGAGCAAACUCCAUCAUACACAGAUAUCGAUGAUGAAGAUAUUGAAGAAGAACUCAAAGAGUUAGAGCUGGCUCUUGAGAAAGAGGCUCAAGUUGAUACACCAGAAAAGACUAUUACUACUGAAGAAGGAACUGCAACUUUGGAAGCCGCUGAAUUACUUAGUGACACUCUCUCAAAUCUCAAACUUUCAGACAGUCCAGCUGUGAAGUCAAGAACCACUCAGGCAAUGUCAGAAGGCGAGAAAACAGCAAAUUUAGUAAUGUAAAUUGUAAGUCUAAAAGCAAAGAGUUCAAUAACUACAUAUUAUUUCUGAAAUCUCCCUACACUGACAAGGUCAUAAAACAUGAUUUAAUGAUUGUGUAAAAUAUGCUUAUAUGUUAGAGUAUAGUUUUUUCUUUGCUAA